AUGGGCAUUUGUCCAUCGCGGCAUGUGGCAUGCAAGAGGCGUGUAGAGGAGGACGGAAGUACCACUGGCAACGUCCAGCUGGUGAUCCACAACUUGGCUGGAGAGCAGCUGUCGUUGACGCGUCCCUCAGCCUGCCAGCUGCACGAGAUCUUGGAGGCAAUCCACAAAGAAUGGAAGAUACCCAUUCUCGCGCAGCGUUUGGUGCUGAAAGAUGAAGUGGUGUCUCAAUCCUCGGGUGCCAUCGGCCGAAUCCUGGGACUGCCCAGCGGUGGUGAGGUCGAACAGCCCAAGAGGAUCCAAGAGGUAGGCAAUCAACUCUCAUUUGAAGUGCAAGAGUCUCUAGACCUCAGGCUCUUCGAUGCAGUUGCAGCUAGCGACUACGCCGAGAUCGCCGCAGCCCUGAUUGAUGGGGCUGGACCUGGAGUACCAGACCAGGACUCCAAGGCACCUUCGGCCUUCCUGACGGCUUUGGCCCUGAAGGAUCGCGAAGCGGAGCAGAUGCUGUGGGACGCAGGUGUCAGAACAGAUCAGACUGACAAGAGCAAGACCUACCGGAGCUUGCGGCAAGCCUUGGCAACCCGUAGCCUGCCACAAGCCGUGAAGUGUUUGGCCCAUGGGGCUGAUGUCAACACCUGGUUGAGACGAGGCGAAGGUGUCAUGGACACCUCUGGCGCCCCGGCGGCUGAGCUGCUGCGAACGAUCCAUGAGGAACUGCGGAAGGUGGAAGAUGCAGUAGGCAUCACCAAUGCUAUCUUCGUCUCCCUGCAUGGAGGGAAAGGCUUUGAUUCUGCUUCUGACACGGACACGGCCAUGCUGUAUUCCGCGAAGGGUGACUGUUCGGUGGAACUGAUGAAGACCGGAAUGUUGAAGGAUGUGAACAAACGUUGCGUUGAGUUAGACCAAGAGUUGGCAAAGAGGAUCUCUGAUGGCGAGAUUCAAGGCUUGAUCUGCAUUUCCUGUGAUGUGGACCUCCAUGCCUCCACCCUGCGUGCCGCUGCGGCGACGAAGAUUCCCGUCACAGGUAGUGGAGGCACCAGCCUCUCCGCCGCGUCUUCGAGGUUUGGGAUUCAGCUGGUGGGCAAUGCCGGUGGAUCGGUGGCCACCACUUCAUACACCCGGGCCGUUUCGUAUACCUAUGCUUUGGCAACUGCUUGGAUGAAGAAGUACCAUGCCCUGAGUUCAACUGGCCAGAAGCCUCAAGUGACCAGUGUCCUUUGUGCUUGUCUCCCAGCUUUUUGGGCAGUUGCCCUGACCUGUCGAGUCUUGAAGCUGCUAAUGCGGUCAAAUCUCAAUUGGUGGCCGGAGAGUUGCUUAUUUUUGCUGCAAACACACGCAUUGCCUACGGUGUGCAGCGUGAUUACAGCGACCUCUCUAGCCCCACAGCAUGGCUCAACGGUGUCGAUGUCCUCAGCCAUCGCCUCCAUUGUGUGCGAGAAAUCCAUCCUUGGAGGGCUUUUGGCCGGGUACCUGGUGGCAUUUUCUGCUACCUACGUGUUGCAUCGAUGCAUCCUUUUGAACAUCCCUGCCACCAUGACCAACAUGAUUUUGGCCGGGGGAAUGGGAAGCGCCGUGGCACUUCUGAUUGCUCCAAGCAUCUCGUACUUGCAGCUGAUCACUGGCUACAUACGUCAAGCUAUCCACCUGUGCAUGAGUGGAACGAUCCAGGGAGUUGGAGGUGUCAUUGGUGCACUGUUCUGUUGGGGCAGCAAAUAUGGCUACUACCAUUCCAUUUGCUUACCUUUGAUCUUGGUAGAGAUGGAACUGGGCGAAGCUGCUCUUUGUGGAUCCAUUGAUGAAGCGACCUUGGUGUGCGUUUCUGCUGGCAUUUGUUUGGCCAAUUUGAUCGUGACGCCCAGCUUUGAGGACCAGGGGAAGGAAGAAACCCUUCAGUUGAGUCGCAGAGGUCUCUGCAUCAACCUUUUGUUUGGCGACUUCAUUGAGGUUGCCUAUCCAUUUAUGGAGAAGAGUUUGCUUGUGAACCUGGCUGGUUAUGUGGCCAGUGGCCUUUCAGUUGAGCUGCUGACCGGAAAUUCGGAAGACGUCUUGAGCAGUGCUUACUUGCCCUUGCCCGCGGCAAUCCUCUUGGCGCGGGAUCCGCUGAGAAUUUCCCGGGCGUAUUUUGCAGCUUUCUCGGUGAGCUUCGCAGGAGCGUUGCUCAACAACUUUCUUUCGACGACGGCCAGUGGCACUCCCCUGCACGCCCUCUGUGCGCAGCACUUGCAGCCGGGGGCCGCCUCAGUGGUGCGGCUGCUGUGUCGCAUGCGGGCUGAUGUCAACGCAGGCGACAGUGAGGGAGACUCGCCAUUGGCCCAUGCGCGAUACUUCGGAACAAAGGAGAUCGAACAAGUGCUACGGCAGUAUGGCGGGAAGCUGCGCGGACCGUACUAUCAGUUCAGCUUCCGCCGGUGA